AUGUCGAGAGAAGCACUUUUAUUAUUCGGUUUAGGUGGUAUCGGUGGAAUAUACGCUUGUAUCCUUCAAUUAUCAGGUCAAUGUGACGUACAUGUCGUAGCUAGAUCCAACUACAAAGUCGUCAAAGAGAACGGAUUCAAACUUGUCAGUCCUAAAUUCGGGAAUCAUGAUGGAUUGAAAUUCGCUGGUGUUUGGAAAUCCACAGAGGAAGCUGCUGCUUCAGGUGUCAAAUUCUCAUACGUCCUUUGUGCCAAUAAAGCUUUACUUGAUGCUAAACCAUCACUUUCCGAUCAUUUAAAACCAAUAAUCACACCUUCUUUAACUUCUGUUGUGUUGUUACAAAAUGGUGUGGGUGCAGAAGAACCUUUACAUGAAUCUUUCCCCGAAACUACCAUCAUCUCAGCGGUAGUUUGGACAGGAGGUAAAGCGCUCUCUGCAGGAGAAGGUGUAGAACAAUUUAAUAGAGAAGGUUUGACUAUUGGUGUAGAUUAUAAAGAGGAUGGUGAUAAAUCAAAAGAAGAUGAGAAAUUAGAUAAAUUAGUAGGUUGGUUACAAGCUGGAAAAGGUGAUUGUACAGUCACAAAAGAUAUUCAGAGUGAGAGAUGGGUCAAAGUCAUCUGGAAUUGUUGUUGGAACUCUUUGACGGCAGCAACAGGACUUAAGACAGGACCAUUUUUCGACUCUUCUUCUCAAGCAUUACCAUUAUGUUAUACUGUAAUGCGUGAAGUGGAAGCUGUCGCCAAGGCAAAAGGAUUGAAAAUCGAAGAUGGAACAGUCGAAAAAUUGAUCAAACAAUGUACAGAUGUAGCUUAUCCCGGUUUACCAAGUAGUAUGAUGGCUGAUAACAAAGCUGGAAGACCAAUGGAAGUUGAAGUCAUCCUUGGUACUCCAGUGAGAGAAGGUCAAAAAUUAGGUGUACCUGUACCUACUCUUACAGCUAUCUACACAAUCGUAAAAGCUUUGGAUUAUGGAAACCAGAAUUCCGAGGCUGCCAAAGCUUAG